AUGAAGCUGCAAGCGAUCAUUCUACAACAUCAAGAAGGAGCGCUGGAGCAGAGGGCGCCCUCUUUCGGAUAUGGAAACAAGAUAGACCUGAUAAACAGGGAGGGAGUUCCUCCUCCUGGCUCAUACGACCGCAAGAGCGAUUUUGCCCUCAACCAGCAACGCAGAAGAGGCUUCAGCUUUGGCAAUGAUAAAAGGGCCACCUUUGACGGCUUCGACUUGGAAAACCCAGGACCUGGAAAGUACGACCGCGUUUUCAAUAACUACUCUCGCAUCUCCUUCUCCUUCCGCUCCAAGAUCGGCAAGGCCAGUAGAUUCGAAGAUGAGCGCACCUUGCCUCCUGGACCUGGCAAGUACAACGAUGGACUGACAAUGAAUCGCACUGGCACUUACUUCAACUCAAAGAUUCCAUCUAACUAUGUCAAGAGCUUCCAGGGCACCUACCGCCAGCCGAUUAAUGACCCAAGCGAGACACCGGGACCAGGCACCUACUAUGUCUUUUCAUAG